UGGCACGUGACAUAUUUAAUAUUCUUGAUGGGCUUUUCUGUUUUUUAUGGGCCUUUUCGAAUUUCAGGGUUUUAAAUAAGUUAGAAAUUAGAUAAAUAAAAAACAAAUUAGCAAAAAAUAACGAAGUGUCUCGUCUCUUCUCUCUUGUCUUCUCCAGAUCAGUGUUUGUGGGGUUUUCCCAAUGGAGCUUCUUCUCUCAUUGUCUCUCCUCCUGGGGUUUUGGUGUAACAACAAUCCUCAAUUCACGAGGCAUGAAUCAUUAUUCUCCCCAUUUGCUUAUUCUCUGGCUAGAAUCCCCAGAUUUUACUGUAUCGACUUUGGGAAUUUAACUGGAGAACCAUUUCCACUCAAACUGGGAAACAAAAACCUGUUAUUGAACAAUGGCCACUCAUUCAUCGAGAUCGGAGAAUAAAGACGCCGGAGAAGAAGAUGAGCUCCGACGAAGGAACCCUUAUGAAGUCCUUGGCAUCCCCAGCAAUUCGACUGAUCAAGAGAUCAAAAGUGCUUAUCGGAGAAUGGCUCUCAGGUACCAUCCUGAUAAGAAUCCAGACGACCCGGUUGCAGCAGAGAUGUUUAAGGAAGUUACAUUUGCUUAUGAGGUCUUGUCUGAUCCUGAGAAUCGGCGUCUAUAUGAUACUACUGGCUCUGAGGCUGUGGGUCCGGAAAAUGAAGACCUAGAGCUCGAUCUGUCAAGCUUAGGAGCUGUUAAUACUAUAUUUGCUGCAUUGUUCAAUAAGCUUGGUGUGCAAAUUAAGACAACUGUUUCUGCAAAUUUAUUGGGGGAGGCGUUGAAUGGUACGGUUACUACUUUGCCUCUCAUGGUUGGGCAAGUCGUGUCCAGGAAGGUUGAAAAGCAAUCGGCUCACUUUUAUUCGGUUACGUUAACAGAGGAAGAAGCUCAGGAUGGAUUGAUAUGUAAGGUGCAUUCAUCUGCUAAAAACAAAUUCAAGUUGCUUUACUUUGACCAAGUAGAGAAUGGAGGACUGAGCUUGGCCCUACAGGAAGACAGCAGGAAAACAGGAAAGCUCUCGACUGCAGGGUUGUAUUUUUUCGGCUUCCCUGUUUAUCGUUUCGAUCACAGGGUUAAUUCAAGGGCUCUCUCAAGGGAUCCAGAGACCGGAUUUUUCAAAAGGCUUGAUGCAUUCCAACCGUUUGAGAUCACUGAACUUAAAGCUGGUUCUCAUGUCUUUGCUGUUUAUGGUGACAAUUUUUUCAAAAGUGUGAGCUACACUCUAGAAAUAUUCUCAUCUGCUCCAUUCGGUAACGAGAAAGAGAGUCUUCGGUCCACUGAAGCGCAGAUAGUCUCAAAAAGAACAGAGCUAUUGAAGUUUGAAGCUGAAUAUCACGAGGUCUUUGCACAAUUCACAGAAAUGGCUAGCAAAUGCACAGGGGAAGUACAAGAGGUGAGAGACAGCUUACAAUAUCACCCCGUUUUCUCCUGUUUUCUUGAUUACAUAAUAAACAAGUAACUUAGAUUUGUUUUGUUUGCAGAUUGAUGAGCUUCUAAAGAGGAGGAAUGAGAUAUGUGCGGCUUACACAAUCUUCCCACCAACGAAGCAAGGUUCAAGCAAGAGCAGAAGCUGGAGCAAGAAGAAGAGCAGUCUUUUAAUGGAACCUAGAGAAGAAGGAGAAGUCGCAGUUAGGGAAGAAGGUGGAGUCAAGAAGAAGAAAUGGUACAAUAUUCAGCUGAGGCAAGACAAGAAAAAAAACUGAAGAGACUACUGCAAUCUUGAGUUUUCUUCAGGCACAUAGCUAUGUUCGAGAAACGAUAUAUAUAUGUUUCAGUGAUAAUCUUUAGGGAUUAUCAACAUCUUAUAAAAAGUGGUCUAUGGUUUAUCUCUUUGCACACUUUGCCUGAUUCAUCUCUUCGUAUACUUCUACGGAUUCAGAUUUACAUUCUCUGUUCGCAGUACUGUCAACUUCGUCUUCUUCAGAAGCUUUGCUGAAUUCAUAUGUGUCCUGCUGAUUACGCCGCCAUCUUCUUCCUCACCGGAUCCUGGUUUUAACGUAACAUUUUGCUCCAAAAAAAGAAAAGUAAAACCCUAUAAAAAAAAGGAAAACCAAAAAGUGGAGUCUCUAUGCAAUAGAUAUAAUUGCUUUGGUAACAUUUUAGAGAAGAAAUGGGUGGAUCUUGGUUCAAGAACUAAUUCCAAGUCUAAUUUUGUAAUCUCAAAAUCACUGCAAAUGUCACAAACAAACCAAAGCACCAUUUCGACAAACAUCAGAAACCCACAAUCCAUAAGACGUUUUCCAAGUUGUUAGGUUACUUACUUGUUUGGAAUUAAAUAAACUUUAUCCCUUUGGUUUUGUUGGUUUAGUUAAGGUUGGUAAUCACUUGAUAUUCAUAUACUCAAGACUUGGAGCGUCGACUUCAACAACAAGAUCCUCAAACUCGAGAUGCUAAGACUGAAACUAGUGUGAAGCUUUCCAAUGGUUGUGAACGAAAUCACAAAACUUUGAUAUAAUUGUCGGAUAAGUGAUCACGGUUAAAUCCUCAAGAAUAGGACAACUUAAUUAGAGAGUCUCCAAAAUGGAAUCGUCAUCAAACUUGACCUUCUCUAAAUACAUAGCAUUGACACAAGGUAUAGAAACCGAUUUUGAAUUUGGAUUAUCAAAUACAACACAUUAGAGAGUCAAAUUCACCAAAUUCGAACAUGUAUAGAGCGAGAAAGGCAUCAUAACUAAGGUUCCAAAGACUCUAAAAAACGUUAGAGAGUUAAGAUGCCUAUCUUGUUCUAUUUUUGUGCGACUUUGGUGGAUUUAAAUCUCCAUUGUGUUGUCUUUUAUCAUCCGAAAUCAAAAUUGGUUUCUUUACCUUUUGUAUAUAUUUAAAGGGGGUUAAGUUUGUUGGCGACUCAGGUUUGAAGACUCUCAUAUCAAGCUGUAUGGUUCUUGAGGAUUUAAUUAUGAUUACGCAUCUGAAUGAUUAUCUCAAAGUCAUACAUGUUCAUUCUCAAUCACUGAAAAGCAUCAUACUAGAGUCUCAGCAUAUAUUGAAUAUGAUGAUCUUGUGGUUAAAAUUGAUGCUCCGAGUCUUGAAUAUAUGAGUAUUCAUGAUUACCAAUCUAAAAGCUUUCUAAGCCCAUUCCAACUCUCCUUCAAUAUGAUACUUUCUGCUUUGGGCCUACAUGCUCAACCCGUAUGGAUUUGUUAUUGGCUUCUUCCAAAAUGCCUCAUUCUAGUUGGAAUUGGACUUGACUUAUAUAUUAGACACUUAUUUUCUAAACUUUCGAUAUGGGAUGUUUGUUUGUACCCAAUAAUCUCCCCUUCAAACCAAGAACCACGGACAUUGGACCUCUUUUUAAGCGAAACUUUGGUACCCUUAACUCGGCACCUUCUUAUUUUCGAAGUUCUUGAAUCACUUUCUUAUCAUGUCACAUUUAAUGGCUUCUUCCACACCGAACUUUUAGCCCACACCCCUAAAUCCAUUUUUUCAACCUAGGCUGUGAUACUAUUUAGUGGGUUUUCUAAGUCAUUCCAACUCUCAAUUAGUAUAAUAUUGUCCGUUUUGACCCUACAUGCCAAAGCCCGCAAGGAUUUGUUAUUGGGUUCCUUCCCAAAAAGCUUCAUACUAAUUGGAGUUUGACUAGACUUAUAUAUUAGACCCUUCUUUUCUAAACUUCUAAUGUGGGACGUUGGUUUAUACAACAACAACAUAGUAGUGGUUCCUCUAUAGAGGUAAACGUUGAUGUUGUGUUUGGUAUCGAGUAUUAUGAUCCAUUGGAAAUAACUAAACUCCAUAAUAUUCUCACUAGGACCAUAUUUGAAAAAGUGACCAUAUCUGUUAGAACUAUAGAGGUACAUUUACUUUCUUUAGUUCUAUUCACAGAUUAUCCAUUCCAUGGUGGAACCGUCGCCUCCAUUUUCUAACUUGUCUCGCUUGGAUGCCUCAUUAGUAAAAUCUUCUUGGAAAGUUUGAUGCAUGAAUCUACAUUCACUCACAAUAGUGCAUUUAUCGGUUUGCUAGGGUGGGUAUCUGGCUAACAAGUGGCGGAGAGUCCGAGAGUUGAACUAUUAUGGAAAGCUAGUUGUGGGUCCGGCUUACCACUUGUAACAUAUUUGAGAAGGGAUUCAAAUACUCUCACAUCUUUAGCACAAAUUCCAAAACAACAUCUCCAAACCAGCUUUCAUUAAUAUCUAUAAAUGGUCUAACUUGAAAACAAUUGUACACAACUUUAUCAAAAGUUUGACUACUAAAGUAAAUUUUCCUUCCGUAGUUGUUUUACCAUUUAAUGGGAUGAUUGGUAAACACUUUGGAGGCUUCAAAUUUUUUUACAAGUCUUUACAGUUUAUGGGACUGAUUGGAAAUCCUUGUUAGUUAAGGCCGUAGAAACGUUUUGACUGUAAGAAUUUUUGUUGUAGAAACUGUUGUUCUAUGGACUAUAACUAUAUAAAUUUUAUAAUUGAUUGGUAAAGACUUUUUUAAAAGCUUGAUUGGAAAAAAAACUGUGGAAACUUUUGAAAAGCUUCUCAAUCACACUUUGUCGGUUUUAACAAAUUUAAAAGCCUCUAGAGCCAUAUUUAUUUUUAGUUUUUACUCUUUACUACCAAUUUUAUUUUUAAAGCCACGUAAACAUGAGUUUAAAAAUAAAAACAAGAAAAGCUUAUAAUUUUCUCUUUUCUUCUUCGCCAUAUGUAUAAAACCUCUCAUCACAUUCACUUAUAAAUUAGCUUUUUAAAAGAAAAAUAGUUGAUUAACAAUUGAAUUGUUUAUCUUCUUUUUUUAAGAUCCAUUAUCCAUAUUUUUGGUAAUUAUUUAAAAUCGUUAUUUCUAUAUUCACAUGUUUUCCUAAAGUCAAAGUUCUUACAACAAAAGUCUUUGCAGGCCAAAAUCUAUAUAACCGAAAGUAACAGCGGUUACCAAUUAGUCCUUAAAAGUAAUUUUUUACGAUACAUUCCUCAUCCUAUAAAGAAUACUAUACGAAAAAGGUUUACGUUCAAGUUUUCUACUAAUGACCAUUAAAAGAACAAAAAAGAAAUGAAGCACAUGAACAAUGAGGAAUGUAACAUAAUUUUUUGUGGAAUGGAAAGGAAAAUUUACUCGAAAAGAAUAAAAAUAUACUUAUG